GCGAAGGUAUUCUUCGUUUGAUUAUAGCUGCCAGGUUGGGGGUAUGACUUAAAAUAGUACUUAUUGCUGGUCUACAGAGCAUAACUUCUUUUUGUCACCAUGUCUGGCCUAACCAGACUGGUGCUAGCUGUAUCAAGAUCUCCAGCUAUACAAGCUUUGACUGCCCAACUGCAACCUAAUGCCAGGCGCGCCGGCGUGCCGGUCGCGUGCGGCGCCGCCUCGCAGCGCCGACACUACAAGAACUUCGGCCACGGCCCGCCCGAGAAGCCGCGCCUGGGCUACCGGAUCUACCAGGUGGUGCUUUGCCUGGUAGCUGUGGCCUCCUUCUUCAACUGGAAACUCGCCGCCGACAUCUGGAACCGCAAGACGUCCGUCAAGGCCAAGGAGGUGCUGGCCAAGGACGCCAGUGAGUCUGAGGACGAGCUGGAGGAGUCUGAGGACGAGGACGAGGAGGACAAAAAGGGCCAGAUGAAGGUCGGCUUCCGAGAUAGGAAGAUUAUCGAGUACGAGAACCGGAUCCGGCAGUACUCGACGCCGGACAAAAUCUUCCGCUACUUCGCGACGCUGCGGGUGAUGCAGGAGCUGCCGGACGGCACCGUCUCCUCCGAGGUGUACAUGACGCCGCAGGACUUCCUCCGCUCCAUCACACCCGGCGUCAAGCAACCGGAGGGUCUGGGCCUGGAUCAGUACCGGCGCUUUGACCCCAAGAACUCGCCCGAGGAGCUGAACCUGGAGCUGGACACGGACAGCAUCUUCUACAAGCUCGGCAGUCACGGCCUCAUCUCGUUCUCCGACUACAUCUUCAUCCUGACCAUCAUGUCCACGUCCAGCCGCCAGUUCGAGAUCGCCUUCCAGAUGUUCGACUUUAACGGCGACGGUGACGUGGACAGUGAGGAGUUCGAGAAGGUCUCGUUCCUGAUCCGGCAGCAGACGUCAGUGGGUGCGCGCCACCGCGACCACACCACCACCGGCAGCACCUUCAGGGGCAUCAACUCGGCCCUGUCCACCUACUUCUUCGGACCGAAGCUGGACAAGAAGCUGACCAUAGAGAAGUUUCUCGACUUCCAGAGCCAGCUGCAGCGCGAAAUCCUCUGUCUGGAGUUUCGACGCAAGACUCCGGACGAGCACGGUCGGCUGCGCGAGGUGGACUUCGCAGAUUUGCUGCUGGCCUACGGCGGCUACCCGCCCAACCGCAAGCUCAAGAUGCUCCGCCGCGUCAAACGCAAGUUCAAGGACAGCCCGGUGGGCGUUACCGUCAACGACUACCUCAACUUCUACCAGCUGCUCAACAGCAUCCACGACGUGGACACGGCGCUCACGUUCUACCACAUCGCGGGCGCCUCCAUCGACCCGGCGACGCUGAAGCACGUGGCCAAGACCGUGUCACGUGUGGACCUGUCCGACCACGUGGUGGACAUCGUCUUCACACUGUUCGAUGACAACAACGACGGUCAGCUGAGCAACCGCGAGUUCGUGGCCGUGAUGAAAGCCCGCGCCAACCGCGGCCUGGAGAAGCCCAAGGACACAAACUUCGUCCGCCUGCUGCGCAGCAUCAGCAAGUGCAUUGGCGAGACCAAGCCGCAGGUGCUGAGCUUCUGAGCGUGGCGCCGCUGACAGCGGACGGGUCCACGGUGGGCGGCAGACGAGUCCACGGUGGCCGCUGGAGGAGCCUGCGGCGGUCGGCGGACGGGUCCACAGUGGCCGGCUGACGAGUCCAUUGAAGGCGGCGGACGAGUCCAAGGUAGCCGGUGGACAAGUCCAUGGUGGCCGGCGGACGAGUCCACUGUGGUCGGCGGACAAGUCCAUGGUGGCCGGUGGACGAGUUCACGGUGGCCGGCGAACGAGUCCAUGGUGGCUGGCGGACGAGUCCACGAUGGCCGGUAGACGAGUCCGCGGUGGCCGGUGGACAAGUCAACGGUGGCCGGCGGACGAGUCCACGGAGGGCGCUGGACGAGUCCACGGUAGCCGGCAGAUGCCGUUCGCUACAGGAGCAGCGGGCUCCGGUGGGGUCGCACGCCGCCGGUGGUCUGGUGAGCAGAGACGGAGCCAGCCGAAGCGGCCGCCGCUGGUGCUGGCCGACUGCGGCUUCGACUUUGGAGCAGGAGCUGGAACGGCAGGCUGCUGGCUGUGGCUUUGGACACGUAUUCGGUGUGGCACUCGGCGCCCUGCCCGGGUCCGUGUGGUGAAUGACGGCGCCGGCGAGCGAAGGACGGAUCGGAGCUAGUGGGACCCAGACGCGCGACCUCAUGACGUCAUUGGAUCGGUUCAGGAGGCUACAGCCCGUGCUGUUCUAUGGGACGGCGUGCCAUUGACACCGAGCUGAGGACUGUGUCGGCCCCAGCGUCUGUGGCGCUGAACCAGUUCUGUCGUGGUUGUCCCUCAGCAGGCGUCACACGGCCCCGCCCUAUUGCGCUGAGGUGUGACGUCUGCUAGCCGGCAGAUGGCGCAGUUACUGUCUGUCGCACUGGCCAGGCGUCGGCAGGCAGGCCGUGGUCCGCGAAUGUGUUUCUGUUUGCUAAGUGCAAUCGGCUUACUCCUUGGUUUUGAACCGCGUGUUGUGUGUUGAUUUUGAAUAUAUAACGGGAAUGUGUGUCGUUAUCGACGUCGUGCAGGCGGGUCCUUUAUUUUUUACCCGUAAGGAUCCGUCGCGCGCCCUUCCGUAUUCGCUUUGAUUUCUAGCGAAGAGUCCAGCUGCUUCCCGAAUAACGCGUGACUUUUUGAGCUUGUUUGAACUCCUGCAUGUUUUGCAUUGUCAUGGAAUCGAUAACGAGCGCCUGUAACGGCUACCUUGGCAUUAGCCAUCGGAAUAAAUGUGAUUGUGUGCG